ACUCAGCGGUUACAAAUAAUACAUCAUUUCAUGAGCACAUUCUUAGCGAACCUUUGCUUAGUACGCGGCGAGGCGGCGGAUUGUGAGAUGCAUUCAUAGUUAAUUAGACGUUAUAACAUUAGCUUCAGGAUACUGAAUCUUUCUUAGCGAACCUUUGCUUAGUACGCGGCGAGGCGGCGGAAAGACGAGUUGGAUCGAACAAUGUUAUAACAUCACAUCCACUUAAUGAUUCUUUGAUUUCUUUUGUUUUUGUGUAAAUUGAAAUUUCAUUACUUAUAUUGAAUCGUUCACGAGAAUCAUGAGCGUAUAGAAUCACAAAUGCGAAGCGUAUCAUCAGCUCCACAGGAAAAACUACCUCCUCUUCAUCCUGCCGACUCAGUUGAACCAUGUGUGAAUGACCCGUUGAGUUGGGCACAAAAGAAAGCUAAAAGGGGUGAAGAUAUAGAAAUGUCGAAAUUCGCCGAAGAGCUUGGGUUCCAUUGUGAGGAAGAUGCACAUCCGCUAUUUAUGCAAGUUUUACAAUCAACAACUGUACCGUAUAUCAUAAGACGACGUUCGCUUAAUCAGUACAAAGUGUGGAAGGCAUCUAAAGGUGGUGAAUUUUGGGCAGACCGAAGAAUUCGCUAUCAAGUCCGAAUGUCCACGAAGUCGGCUGUAAGCGAGAUAAUCGAAGGAAGUGGGGCUGUUAGAGAACAUUAUAUCAGCGUCAAUAAUUCAACUUUGAUUCCACUUUUAUCAAACAAUUUCGAGGUGGGUCCGAAACGAGGCUCGGGCUUGUCAUCACCAACACUGUCGCCUCCGUGCCGUCCGCUCUUUAAUAUCAACAACGAUGAAGGAGCUGUCACAGGAACUUUCGACAAUCACGAACAGCUGUCUAGCGGAGACAAAGGUGAUGAGGGUGAGGUAUUUGGACGACCUUAAUCCAGGACAUAUCUACAGUUCCACUGUAAGGAGCGGCCAGAAUUCACAUUCCGUUUCCCGCUGACAAAAGACUGGGGACCUCGGAUAACUGAGUCCUACAACAAGAUCAAGCAGAAGACAUCUUUGAACUUCAAGCAAAUAGAUCAGAUUGCGCUGCUCUCUGGUGUCCUGCAUUUUGACAAAGAGCAUGUUGGAUUCAAGACUGCUGAGAUCUCAG